GAGACUCAAUCACCCUCUGGCUGUCUGGAGAAAGGGCAUUGUUGAAGUUCCCCACUGUGAAUGCAUCACUAAAGCCAUGAUGGGGGCACUGCCAGAAAUAGCCCAUGUACCGCUCCCAAGCAUCACGAAGGGACUCAUCUGGCUCUUGGCGGAAGUGAGUGAUCUCCCGCUGAAUCUCUGUAGUCUUCGAUGCCGGAUAGUACCUGUGCACGAACUUGUCAGCCAGAUCGUCCCAAGAGGUGAUGGACAAUGGGGGCUGGGUCUCCAACCACCUCUUAGCAUUCCCCGCCAGAGAAUGGGGGAAGAGAUGAAGGCGGAUUGCAUCAUCGGGGACACCAUUCAGCUUGAACCCGUUCGUCAGCUGCAGAAAACGGGAAAGAUGCACCCUGGCCUCCUCAUUCUUCAAGCCAUGGAACUGGAUAGAAGAUGUGAUGAGCUGAAUCCAGCAUGGCUUGAUCUCAAAGUUGUUUGCUGGGAUCGGCGGGUAGAGGAUGACCGGGCGGAUGUCAGCAAUCCGCGGAGUGUAGUAGUACUCCAGGGUGGGACCCGGCUGCGGUGGAUGAUGAACUCCAUGAUCCUGGGGUAUGGGGUUGUUCCCCAGGACCUGAUUCACCGGGGGAACCUGCUGUGGAUUCCCCUGGUAUUGGUUCUAGUCUCCGUCCAUCCCGUGCUCUUCUUCAGAAUUGCUGCUCAGGUGGCCGUCUAUGCGCUCUUCCUUAGCCAGUCUAGCUCGCUGUUGUCUCCUGAGCUGGCGACAGGUGCGGUCAAUCUCUGGAUUCAACGACAGUAAACCUCCCGACUGGCCACGGGUCAUGCACUACCUGCACACACUCAAGCAACAAACCCGUGAAGGCACAAGUGGGACAAAGAAAACAAAGCAAAAAGAAAAGCUAAAUUAACAGAAAUCACUUUUCUUCAACAACCUAGCCGUCCCCGGCAACGGUGCCAAAAACUUGACUCGCUUCUACUGUCACUCCAGGAAUUGGCCAAGUAUAACCACUUCCUAAAGCGUAGUAUAGCGGGUUAGGUUUAUAUGUCAACCCGGGUCCUAGAUCUGAUGACUACUCAGUGAGUUCUUGUUAUCUAGCAACGAAACUGGAAUGCAAGUCUAAAAUACCAAACAAACAAAGCAAGUAAACUGUUGUAUUCAGGUUAAAGAGGUCACCCGGAUAUGGUUCCCCCUAGAUUGCAGUUAAGCCGGAUUGCAAUUACCAAGUUCAGUUUCUAUGAAGAUUAUACUGCGGAAGGUUCUUAAACAGCGUGAAGUCUCGACUAAAGGUCUUCAGACCCUCUCAAUCUGAACCUCUAGCGGGCGACUAACCUCCACCGGAGUAGACAGAUUGAGGCCCUAAGAACAAAACCUCCACUACCGGAGUAAAUCCGGUACAGAAUAGUGAGUUGGUUCCUCGACUAAAGUCACCAACUCCCUACCUUCAAUCAAGGAUACUCUAUUAACCUAGGCAGAUAUUCUCAUUCUAGGUUAAAUCAGAAACAACAGGAAUUUGAUCAGGAUUCAAGUCAUUCAAUCAUUAAAACCUCAAUCGAAUAUAAUCAAUCACAGAAUCAGUACUUGGGUUCAUACAAUCAAAGCCUAACAUACAAAUCUAGGGUUCUCCAUACCCAGAUGAAUGGGAGAACUACUCCAUGGAGAAGAAAGCAAAAGCAGAAUCAGACACGGAAUUCAUACUGCGAAGGAUGGAUUCCUGCUUCUGGACGUUGAUUGACACUUCUCCAAGCUCAAGCUGGCCUCCAAUGGUGUUGAAGAUCAAUCUAGGGCACUUGGGAACUCUUGCUCGUCACUUUCUCUCUCUAGAAAUCGUUCUAUCUCUCAAAAACUCGAAUCCCCUUGACUUGUGGCUGAAACUCUGCUUAAAAGCAUCAGUGGCCAAAGCACGGUAGAGGGCACGGCCGUGCUUUGCCUGACUCCGCCCGUGUCUCAGCCAAGGUUUAAUUACACGGCCAGCAGCUGGUGGAAACACGGCCGUGCUUCGCGAUGGACACGGGCAUGCUUUGACUGAACACGGCCGUGCUUCAGUGCCCGUGUUUGCAACUGAAUUGGCCAAACCAAAUUUGCUCUCGGCAUAAAAAGCACGGCCAGCAGUACACGGCCGUGUAAUGCUUUAGGCUGCCCGUGUUUUGGCUCCAGCUCACCGAAAUGACUUCCGAAUGCCCCGAAACUCGUGGUUAGCCUUCCCUUUGACGCCUGGGACCUGAAACAUGACAAAAUAGCACAACCCGGCGUAAAAUAGGCCAAAACACACGACUAUGCCCCUCAAACGGAUAAGAACUAGGGGCGCAAACAUGUGCAAUUACAUCGUUAUCACUUGUAAUUAUCCUAAGAAUACUAUAAUAGUGAGUUUGUUAAUAAAUUUAUAGUGAGUUU